UGGCUGGAACUGCUGCACAACCUGUUUGUUGAUCGCUCUGUGUGGCUUAUUAACACCCCGAGUUUAUUAUAAGCCGGGUUGAUAUCUCAGGGGACUGAGAGUUGCCGUCGCCGAAAGAAGACAGCUCUCUGUCAGACAACAGGACACAGCAACAUAACGAUCCUCAGCCCCCGGGGAUAACCCCCGGUCGCCGAGCGAAUUAAUGGCCGGAAAUCCGAGGAGGGGCGCCGGUCUCAUCGGUUUGAUGAAGGACGCCUUUCAGCCCCACCAGCAGCCUCUCCAGCCUCACCAACCUGCAGUGGUCGAUAAGAAAAUGGUGGAGAAAUGCUGGAAACUCAUGGAUAAGGUGGUGCGUUUGUGCCAGAACCCCAAAGUGGCGUUGAAGAACAGCCCGCCCUACAUCCUGGACCUGCUGCCGGACACUUACCAGCACCUACGCACUGUACUGUCUCGGUACGAGGGCAAAAUGGAGAUCCUUGGGGAGAACGAGUAUUUUCGCGUGGUCAUGGAGAACCUGACCAACAAGACUAAGCAGACCAUGAGCCUUUUUAAGGAGGCCAAGGAGAGGAUGUACGAGGAGAACUCCCAGCCCAGGCGAAACCUUACCAAGCUGUCUCUGAUCUUCAGUCACAUGCUAGCGGAGCUAAAGGCCAUCUUCCCCAACGGCUUAUUUCAGGGGGACAACUUCAGGAUCACCAAAGCUGACGCUGCCGAAUUUUGGAGGAGAUCAUUUGGGGACAAGACCAUAGUGCCCUGGAGGACAUUUCGUCAGGCUCUCCAUGAGUUUCACCCUAUUAGCUCGGGCUUGGAGGCCAUGGCUCUCAAGUCCACCAUCGACCUCACCUGCAACGACUACAUCUCUGUCUUUGAGUUUGACAUCUUCACCAGGCUGUUCCAGCCAUGGUCGUCUCUUUUAAGGAACUGGAACAGUCUGGCAGUCACACACCCUGGUUACAUGGCGUUCCUGACCUACGACGAGGUCAAGGCUCGAUUGCACAGGUUCAUCCACAAACCUGGCAGCUACAUCUUCAGGCUGAGCUGCACUCGGCUGGGCCAGUGGGCAAUCGGCUACGUGACAGCUGAUGGGAACAUCCUGCAGACCAUCCCCCAUAACAAACCACUCUUCCAAGCCCUCAUUGAUGGAUACAGAGAGGGAUUCUAUCUGUUCCCAGAUGGUCGGGCACAGAACCCAGACCUAACAGGGCUGUGUGAACCUUCUCCACAGGACCACAUCAAAGUUACUCAGGAGCAGUAUGAGCUGUACUGUGAGAUGGGCUCCACCUUCCAGCUCUGCAAGAUCUGUGCAGAGAACGACAAGGAUGUGAAGAUCGAGCCCUGCAGACACUUGAUGUGCACCUCCUGUCUGACUGCCUGGCAGGAGUCAGAGGGCCAAGGCUGCCCCUUCUGCCGCUGUGAGAUUAAAGGCACAGAGCCCAUUGUGGUGGAUCCCUUCCAUCCAAAGGCCAGCGGGGCUUCCUUUGCUGGUUUCCAGGGGUCCAACAGAGCAGAAGCUGCUGGCAAUGACGAGGAAGAAGAUGAUCGCCUGGAGGACCACCUUGUCAUGAGCAGGCUGGCCUGCACCAAGGUAGAGCGCCCACCAUCUCCAGUGUCUCAGCUGCCUCCAGUGCCCCCUCGACUGGACCUCCUGCAGCAGAGACCCUCCAGCUCCCACAGCACUCAGGCUCAGGGAGCCACAGCCAAGAUUGCAGCUACACACAGAGACAAGCCUCUACCUCUGCCUCCAGCCCUGAGAGAGCUGCCUCCUCCUCCCCCUCCAGAGCGCCCCUCCCUGGUCGGCCAGGAUUCCAGACUCCAGAGGAGACCCCUACCCUCCACCCCUGACCAGCCCGCCUGGGCUUCCAACUACAUGGUCCCACGUCCGGUAACCAAGGCCCUGCCAGCCUUGUCCUCCACCCCUCAGAGCAACGGAACCAGUGGAGAGGGAAGCAAACCCCAAGCAGCUACUAACGCGAUAUACUGCCUGGCUGCAAGAUCUCUGCCAGCGUCAGUGGUGUCGAGUGGGGAGAAGCUGUCGUCUGACUGCGAGGAGAACGAGUACAUGAGUCCCACCUCUCUUCCAGCCUCUGGCGCCCCCUGGGUCAUAACAGGCUCCCUGGUGCCGCCUCCUCCGGCCCAGACAAACCACCACAACGACAUCAGUGAGGUGGCUGACAGUGACUCUGAGGACCCCCAAGUGUACGAGUCCAUGUUCAAUAUCCAGGCCCAGGCUGGUUCGUCUGAGACAACACAGGCCUCUGACAUGGACCACCCUCAACAUUCAGCUCCAGUUCCCCAGGACAAGACGGAGGAGACCAGUGAGGAAGACAUUUACGAGUAUGACUGUCCCCGACCGGUCGUCCCUCCGGCCCCCACCAGAAGAACCCUGUCAGAUAUGAGCGGCCCCUCAGCAGCCUUCAGCACUCUCAGUAUUGACAGUGCAGUAGAUGCUAGUAUGUUUGCAGCAGGUGCCGACCCCGAACGUCCCCCCAAACCUCUCCCCCGGCGAGCCAACUCUGACCGACGGCCUCGGCCUGUAAACCGUGAAUUUUCCACUCCAUUACCAGAACUCCCAGGUCCCUCCUCCUCCUCCUCCUCCCCUGCUCCUUCUCCUUCUCCUGCUCCCCCUCCUAAUGCAGGCCCCGGAAGCCAGGCCCUAAACGGGGAGAUUGAAUGCCUGAUGUCCCAGGGCUACUCCAUCCAGGACAUCCAGAAAGCCCUGAUGAUCGCCCAGAACAACCUGGAGACGGCCAAGAACAUCCUGCGAGAGUUUGUCUCCAUCCCCUCCACAGCGCACAUCGCCACAUAGUCGCUCCAGGCACGCCCACCCUCUCUGUCUCGUCUCUGUCUCCACUCUGUGCCAUUAUCAUGGAUAGCAUUUACCAAGCACUUUCCUGCAGGGCCACAAGUACUUGCCAAAAGGCUUUACUCUGAGGAUUAAUGCUGCGUUCAUGUCAUAUUUUAAAGACGCAGACGAAUGAGAUGACGUCAUCUGCAAGUUAUAGUUUGAAACAUCCAAAGUCACAAACAGUGAACUAUAGCAACAGGUAUUACUUGCUUUUCUAAGUGAAAAUAUAUUAUUUUGUUUAUCUUGGAGUACUCGGACAAGUGUUUGACAUUGAAGCCUCAAAAUCUCUUGUUUACUCGCUGCUUGUGAAUGGCUCCCUAGAACAGAAGUAUCUAUUGGUUAUUGGUAAAUAUCCGGUCUAGUUUGGUUUAAGGAGCAGCCCAGUCGAGGCAGAGAAGUCCGAUAUGACCUGAACGCAGCAUACAGUGUUGGAAGCCUUUUAAUGUGAGCUCUCUGUAGCCAAGCUUUGACCCUGUUGUACUUUGCUGAGGUCCACUCGUGCUGUGGCAGUGUUUCCCCUCAGAGUACUUUCUCUCAUUAAGCUAAGUGUUGAAGCUACAGUGAUCUGCAGAGGGACCCUGCCGAUCGUCGUUUCAGUUGUCAGUUUUGGUGCUUUUUACGGGCUUCUUGGCAAAUUUGUGGCGUACGUACAAAUAUGUAGCGACGCGAGUUUGGUCGGAAAAAUUAGUGAUUAACUCUGUGGCGUGUGUGCUCAUGCUGAUGAAUGUGAAUGUUCAGUCGCAGUGCAGUAUCGCAGGGCUUCGUGUCGUAUGCGUCACUGUGGCUCGCUCUGUUUUUUCGAUGGUAUUUGACAAGUUGAACAUAUGACUCCAUAUUUUCCUCUCAGCUCCCGGUUCAAUGAUGGUUCUAUAAUGAAAUAACACGUUUUAAUGUUUAAGUACUCUCAUAACUUGUUGUGCUGUGUGUAGUACUAACAAUGGCUGGAAUUUUAUUUUUUCAUUUAAUUCCACGAUUGCCUGCCACCAUCCCAGGUGGUCUGACACUGAAGGCUGGUUUAUUUACUCAAAAGCUUCUCUAUACUCUUAUAGUUUCUUACUAAUAAGCAAAAGGACAUUAAAGGGAUAGUUGGAAGUUUUUUAAGUGGGGUUGUAUUGAAACAAGGUAACCCAUGAGGCAGCUGUAGACCAGCAACUCGUGUGCUGCAAGGUAAAACUACUAGUUUUGUUAAUGGAGUCGGGUGGCUUUGAAGGGAGCAUAGAUAACGGCUUCAUUUCCACGUCAUAAAGGGCUGGUAAGAGCAGUGAAAAUGUUUUUUUAGGUGUAUAGAAGAACUUUUCCUGCUUUCCUCAUCCACAUUGCUUAGCUCUUAUACUGGUACUCCUGCCUGCUUCUCCAAACUAGGGGCAUGCCGACCACCAUCUACUGACUAUGAAUAAGAACCUCAUACAACCCCACUGCAAAAAUCUAAACCAUCCCUUUUAACAUGUGCUGUUGGACUUCUUUCUCACAUGUUAAUGUGAUUUAGCUCUGCAUUCCAUUUGUACCCAGAACAGCUGAGAAAUGAGAUUGAAGGGAUUUACAUUUAGCGCUAAAGCAAAAACCAGAAGGCGGUCAUGUGGACUCAGGUACUCAGUCAUAAGCCAGGGUGAAUGUAAUGAAUGAACAGAUGCUGAAGGACACAUGAUAUGUUGGCAGUGUUGUGGACGAGCACUACUUACAGAAGCAUUCCAAUGAUUGGGUUUUCCUGUUUAUUGUUACCAUGCCCUUGUUAAAAAUGUAAUAAUCCACCCGUUGUGCAUCUCAGACAUUUCAGUCACUCAGCUGUUUAAAGACUUUGACGCUGAUUGUUUAAAAUUCACCGCAACCUUCUCAGUAACUUUGAAAAGACCUUAGAGCUGGAAUAAUAUAUAGAUCAGUUGAUCAACAGAAAACGUAUCUGCAACUAUUUGUUUCAACGCAUUGGUAUUUUAAGCAGGUAGAGGUCUUUUGAUCAAAACGAUAACUGAAACAGAGUUCGGUGACAUUAAAAAUUAGUGCGGGAUCAUGGGAGUCGUCUUCACUGCUGGUGUCUUUACAGACAACUUCUCGCAGUUAUGAUUCCUUCGGUGUUCAUUGUUCAGGAUGUCUAUUUUAUAAGCUGAAUUAUCCACAGAUUCCUCCUCCUCUCACAAGCCAAUGACCCCAGUUAUAAAACCAGUUAGUACACUGAAAAGCAGUUUCACAUUAAAAAUCAAAGUUUCUCCAACACUGUUUGGUGGACACAGGACUUCCUGAAGGGACAGAAAGCAUUAAAGCAAAAAUAUGCAAGUUCCAGCUUCUCAAACUUUUGUUUUGUCUCACAUGAAAGCGAUUCAAAAUUGGGGAGGUUUGAAGUGUUGUUUGGACAAAACUGCCAUUUUUCACAAUUUUUUGACUCGUUGUAGACCAAAAGAUUAGUCAAGAAAAGAAUCGAUGGCGAUAAAGAUGGUGAACAUUAUUAAACAUCAGCGUGGUAUUUGUGAGCAUGUCAACAUGCUCUACACAUAAAAAAGUUUGUGAACUGAGUGACUAAAAUGUCAGAGUUUGAGCCGUACUGUGAUAUAAGAAGGAUCAGUCUCUAGUCAUCCGUUGGGCUUAAUACACAUCGUAGAAAAUACUUAAAUCAACACAUACAAUUUACACAGUACAACCUAUAAAUAGUCCGUGGAUCCUCUACAGUUGGAUUUUUUUUCCAGUGGUCCAAUAAUGAGCAGCUGUCACUCCCACUCACUGCCAGAAACAAGACCGCAUUCACACUUAAAGCAGGAAAAUAUGUCCAAGACGUCCUGUUUAACUAUGAGUGCAAUUUCCUCCUUUGUCCUUUCCAAAGCAGAUCUACAUUCGUCACUUUUGUAAAUGUGCCUUCUGUCGAUCACAACCUGCACAUGCCGGCAGACAAACCGAAACCAAAACUGUUCCUCCGCAUUUACUGCUGAAAUUAAAUCUUUACAGUUUGCUUUUUAAUUGGAACCUUUUACUCACUCUGUUUGUUUCAGAUAUUCACUUUGAAUAACAAUAUAUCAGGAGUUUGGAGUUGGGGCAUUUGAUAUGCAGGCAGUGUCACAGGAUUUUUUGGAAAAACACAAGUAGAGCCAAGUGAAUACCCAAAUGGAUAUCUGCUAGUUGAAUAAAUAAUCAAGAUAUGCACUUUUUACAGGUAAAAAAAACUUGUUAGUGCUCUCUGGUGGACAAACUAUGUAAUGACGACACAUUCAAAGGCAAAAAAAACUAACAAACAAAAACAGACCUAAUCUUGCUUGCAAUUAUGAGGUAUUUUGUUACAGCUGCCUCCACGCUCUUAAAACAGAUUAAUGUGAUUAAAGUCGAAAGGUAUCGUUUUGUACAGUGAUGUAAAACAAUAAGGAAAAGCAGUUGAAUUGAACUUGUAUCUUGUAUCGAGUCCCUGCUGAUGAGACUGAGGUUGCUGUCUUUCUAUGAUUCCAUAGAAGUCUUUAAUUUGCCCCAAACAAAAUGUAAAAGCAGCAUGCUGCCCCUCAGCUCGUCUCCAUCCACAGAGAAUGUGUCGUCAGUCCCUCAGCUUUGUGUUCACUCCAUCUCUAACAGAUUAACUCUCAACCAUGAAAGUGCCGCUGUGUGAGGAUACACUUGAAGCUGACAGUCAAGUUGAAUCACUGCCAGAGGCUCCGCUCUCUCUCUCACACACACACACACACACACAUUUUCCCUCAGUAGCUGGUAAACUCAGCUGGUAUACUGGGUCAGAUCCACUGGUUAAUGAUAUGUGGGGUGUAAUCAUGGUAACUAGCCUUUUCAACAAGAACUUGCCUACUAAAAAGUUGUCUUCAUUGCUUUGUUAUUGCCUGUGUAAAUAUGAUUUUAUUUAUUGUCUUUUUAAUAUCCUCAGCAUUUGUUGUGUUGCCAUGUUUUCAUGCCUAAGCCAUUAAGAUUUUUAAUUAAACAGUAUUUUCUUUAACAUUUGAUCUGUGUGGUUUUUCCCUAAUCACUACAGGCUGUUCUAUGUUACAGUGAACUUUACUUUUUACACCCCUAAAAUGCUAUUGCAGUCAUCUCUCAGGAUAAAAUAAUACUCCGUUGUCUGCAAAAGUCUUAAAUUGAUCCACAUUUAGGUUCUCCCCCCAAAACCAACCCCAUAGGUCAUCUGGACAAGUUAGCCGGCUAACUUCCAGUGUAGCGCUCAGCUAACUUGAAUGGGGAUAAACUUAUUCAAUUAUACCGCUUUUCUAGACUUUCCAAAUGUCACUGGAUGAAUCGAAUUGUAACAGUUAAACGAGUCAUUUCGUGAGGCCCUCUUCCUCGUACCAAUCAGUUAAUUGCUAUUAGGUAAAAUCAGUUUAUUUUGAGUACAUACAG